GAGAGCCCUGACCUACUUGUCUCCCUCCCACUCUUGCUCCCUCCCAGCCCUGCUCAAACCUCUCCAAGUCCUGCCCCAACUUUGGGGCAUUUGAACUCGUCCACCUAGCAGUGGGUCGCUUUCUCCUGGCGCAUACCCCACCUAGGCAGGCCCAGCCAAAGAGCAUCCCACUCAGGGACCACCUUUUUUUCCUUGGGAUCCCGCGCUUCCGCCUCCGGGGCGGAGACUCCUCCCCUCUCAGUUCUGGUUGCGUUCCCUGGAAGAGCAGCGGGGACCGUGAGAAGCCGGGUCCUCCUAGCCUUCCAGGAGCCGUCCAGCCCUGGAGGCCGCGAGUCCUACCCGGAAGCAGGCGGCUGCGCUGCUUCAGCACCACGGACAGCGCUCCGUCCGCAGCCCCAGUGUCAGCGAGGCAGCGCGCUAUGCUGGCGGCAUGGCCCGGCGCUCCAGCUCUAUGGCGCUGCUGCUCAGCUUCGGCCUUCUCUGGCUGUGUUCAGGGGUUUUGGGUACUGACACAGAGGAGCGGCUAGUGGAGCAUCUCCUGGAUCCCUCCCGCUACAACAAGCUGAUCCGUCCAGCCACUAAUGGCUCUGAGCUGGUCACUGUGCAGCUCAUGGUGUCACUGGCCCAGCUUAUCAGUGUGCAUGAGCGGGAGCAGAUCAUGACCACCAAUGUCUGGCUGACCCAGGAGUGGGAAGAUUAUCGCCUCACCUGGAAGCCUGAGGACUUCGACAAUAUGAAGAAAGUCCGGCUCCCUUCCAAACACAUCUGGCUCCCAGAUGUGGUCCUUUACAACAAUGCUGACGGCAUGUACGAGGUAUCCUUCUAUUCCAAUGCGGUGGUCUCCUAUGAUGGCAGCAUCUUUUGGCUACCGCCUGCCAUCUACAAGAGUGCAUGCAAGAUUGAGGUGAAGCACUUCCCCUUUGACCAGCAGAAUUGCACCAUGAAGUUCCGCUCAUGGACCUAUGACCGCACAGAGAUCGACCUGGUACUCAAAAGUGAUGUGGCCAGCCUGGACGACUUCACACCCAGUGGGGAGUGGGACAUCAUCGCGCUGCCAGGCCGGCGCAACGAGAACCCAGAUGAUUCCACCUACGUGGACAUCACCUACGACUUCAUCAUUCGGCGCAAGCCGCUCUUCUACACCAUCAACCUCAUCAUCCCCUGCGUUCUCAUCACCUCGCUGGCCAUCCUGGUCUUCUACUUGCCCUCUGACUGCGGGGAGAAGAUGACACUUUGCAUCUCUGUGCUGCUGGCGCUUACGGUAUUCCUGCUGCUCAUCUCCAAGAUUGUGCCUCCCACCUCCCUUGACGUACCGCUGGUGGGAAAGUACCUCAUGUUCACCAUGGUGCUAGUCACCUUCUCCAUUGUCACUAGCGUGUGUGUGCUCAACGUGCACCACCGCUCGCCCACCACGCACACCAUGGCUCCCUGGGUCAAAGUGGUCUUCCUGGAGAAGCUGCCCACCUUGCUCUUCCUGCAGCAGCCACGCCACCGCUGUGCACGUCAGCGCCUGCGCCAGCGGAGGCGUCAGCGGGAGCGCGAGGGGGCAGGCGCGCUCUUCUUCCGUGAGGGCCCUGCAGCUGAUCCAUGCACCUGCUUUGUCAACCCUGCAUCAGCGCAGGGCUUGACGGGAGCUUUCAGGGCUGAGGCCGCGCCUGCAGCUGGUCCAGGGCGCUCGGUGGGGCCUUGCAGCUGCGGCCUCCGGGAGGCAGUGGACGGCGUACGCUUCAUUGCAGACCAUAUGCGCAGUGAGGAUGACGACCAGAGUGUGAGGGAGGACUGGAAGUAUGUUGCCAUGGUGAUCGACCGCCUGUUCCUCUGGAUUUUUGUCUUUGUCUGUGUCUUUGGCACCAUCGGCAUGUUCCUGCAGCCUCUCUUCCAGAACUACACUGCCACUACCUUCCUCCACCCUGACCACUCAGCUCCCAGCUCCAAGUGAGGCCUCUUCUGCAGUUCCUCACCCUGUGACCCCUGGGGUUCAGUAGUACUGGGUGGAAGAUGAUCUGUCCCGCUCCACCGAAGCCCUGCUUCACACCUUCGUUCACACCUAGCCCUCCAGCCUGGAGGCCUCCCGUUCAAGCCUUCUCCUCCUCCUCCUGAGCUAAUUCGGGCAGUAGUGUUAAUGGUGGGAGCCAAGGCUGGUAAGUAGAGGCCAGAGGUCUCAGAGCCAUCCACCUUGGGAAGGGUGCUGGAGAAGGACAGUUCUCUAUGGCUUCCAACCACGGGAGAAGAGGAGGUGGGAACAGGGGCUCAGACCCUCCAGCCAGGCUGACAGGGACGAGACAGGUGCAGAGGAGUGUGGCCAGUAAUUGGCACCCACCCACUUAAGUGGGCAGCAGCUGAUCUGGGAGGACUUGCAGGUUUAGGGGCUCUUCCUGAGAGCUUCAGCUGGCCCCAAAGUCUCCCGAGGGGCUUUAACUUAGUCCCACAGCCUGUGUUUUGGAGGGCUCCAGGGCCCAGCUCCAGGGUCUCGUCAGUCAGGGCAGAAUUCUCUGCACUCCUAGAUUUCCCUCUCUUGCUCUCACUUGGAAAGGUAAGGUGUUAGGGGAACCUCUGAAGGUCAUGAGAGUUCGAGGCUCUCAUAGUCUCAGAACUCUUACACUGCUGGAUUCCAGUGGGAGCCAUGCUACAGAUCUGGAACAGGCAGGAAGGAGAGCGAGGCCCUUCCUCCUUGCUCCAAGGCCACAGACUGCUUGAAGGACCUAAGUGGGAGACAUCUGAACUGUGCCUCAGUGUACAUCCCAGUUGUCAGAUGGACUCAUGGGCAUCUCUGCUUGAUGGCAAGAGGGACCUCCUUUUACUAGAACAAGAAAUUGCCUGUAUUAGGCCUCUCCCCUCCACCCUUCAAACUUCCAGCCCCCGAGAAAGCACCCCAACAUCAUAAACAGCACCGAGUCCUAAGUAGCACCUGGAAAGGCGCUGCCCCUCUGGAGGGCAGCGCCGGUGCAGAAGUUCCAGCCUCUUCGAGACCCCACCAGCGGCUGCUCUGACUACCCUUGACUUUCUACCUCCUGUAACAGGCUCUUGUCCCAGGCACCAGCCACGGCUGGAAAGGGCAACGAGCAGUUUGUCGGACUUGUCGCCAUGUCCUGUUGAACAUAUCAGGCAAACAGUGCCCACCUUAGAACCUGCUCUCAGCAUCUGAACCGUGAGGACAGAAGUCGGCAGAACUGUGAUGGGUGGGAAGGACUCGUGGGUAAAGGAUCCUGGGGCAAUGCUGUCCCCUGCCCCCCGCCCCUCCGUCUACAUUUUGGGUGCAGCUUUUUGAGGAUGACUGCAGUGAGGGAGGGAUGGUAGGAGGCUAUUAUGUGCCAGGGCAGUGUGAACCCUAAAGGAUACUGGGAAGCUCUGGGGAAACUCGGCCCCUGUCACUUUGGGGUUUCUGUCUCUGCCCUUGGUGAUGUUGGGAGGCUCCUUGCCUCCUCCAUGCUACUGACUCUGGAGAGUCCCUGGGACAGGGUGGCGUGGGAGUGGCCGUGAAGAAAGGAGUUGGGGAUGCCCAUCAGUGACCAAACUCCAGUAAGCUGGCAUCCACCUGUGCCUGGAAGAUGGCCCACAGGCUCCCUGCCACUGUGGAGACCUCCAAGUCUGGAGCAGCUGGUGCCAAGAAGUGAGGAAGGCCGAAGGCAAACAGGACACAGAACCCUCCAGAAGGCUUUUUUUUGGGGGUGGGGGAGACUACAGGGGAAGGGAAGGACUUCCUUGUAAGGAACAAGGACAAUGGGGGACUGGCCACUGUGCCUACCCUCUGGGACUCUGCCACUGACAGUCCUGAGGGACGCAAGCUCCCGAGACACCAGGGGCAGCAGCAGAGCAUUCUCCAGAGUGCCUGGUAGCUGCUCCCUGCCUGUCACCACGGCCUUUGGGCAGGUGGGAGACUUCCUAGGGAGGAGAGCAAAGGCCUUUGGAGUCUUCUCUGAAUUGUUCUCCAAGCAGAGUGUCAUAAUUCUUGUCACCCUCUGCUUCCAGGCAGAAGUGGCUGUGGAGCCCCACCCACACUGGCCAGCUUCCCACUCACCAAACCCAACUGGACAGAACAAGCGUCACGUUGUAAUAACUAUCCCAUCACAUCUGAGAAGUCUGUCAGUGUGAGGGUCACGUGCUUCCCAAAGGACUACAACUUUGGAAACGGGAGGACACCUCACCCACCCGCCUUCAGCACACUCAUCUGUAUGCCUUCCUUGGCACGCCCAACUCCACUCCUGAAAUAUUUGCAAUGGUUCACAUCCCUCUCCCUAAACUUACCCCCACCCCCAUCCCCGGUAGCUGGACUCAUUCCUCUUAAAAUUGUUUCCAAAUAUGUCUGUUACUUGGGUCUGUUUUUAGGGAAGGGAGCUAACCCUUCAGGACAAGACUGGCAGAUACGGAAGGGGAGAAUGUAGGGGAACCCCCACUCAAGGGAGGGUAAGGCAUUUAUUUCAAAAGAAAACGUGAGAGGCAGUAGACGCUGCCCUCCUCAUCCGCUCCAUUGAUCAGAUGCUAAAGAGAUGGCCAGGAGGCUGGGGCUUCCUCUCCAGCUCAUGCUCUAAGAAACCCAGGUUUCAGCCGGCAGACUCCCACAGCUCAGGCCUGAGCCACGCCCACGCCCUGGGAUCAGAGUGAAACUGUGGGCGAGCCUCUCUGGGCCUUCACCUAGGCUUUAAGAAAACCGUCUAUCUUCACAUCUGGGAGCCAGGGAUCCACAUGCCAAAUAGCACUCUACCUGAGCAACACUUCUGGCCCACAAAGCUGGCUACGUCCUCAGAGACAGGAAUACUCAUUUCCUCACACCAGGCCCAGUGGCUGCCUGAGGACAGAGGCAUCUGAGACCCCAGGACAGCAGGAGCUGUCACCUUGGACUGUCUUUAGAACUGCUGUUCCCUGAGGACUGCAUUUAAACCGGUGGUGGACGACACCACAUCAAGUCCUGGUCUUAAGGUUGUGCCCCAAAACGUGUCGCUGGCUCUUCUGACCUCAGUUGUCCCAUCUGUCUAAAGGAUGAGGAAGGAGCUGUCCCUCAGUGUCCUCAGGUAUGGCAUUACUAUUGAAAGGCCAAAGAUGGGUUUUCCAGGAAUUCUGGAGUAGGUUACUAUGUAGGAAGAGAUGUGUUUCCUGGAAAUUUAAGAGGGAGACUUUGGAAGCCAUCCUCAGUUAAAAGAUGUGCUCAAACCCAUCCUGGUUCCCAGCCAGCCGCGACUCCCUUCCAAAUGGCACAUGCAGGCACAGUACGGCUGAACGCUUGUGGGCGGGAAACGGAUGAGGCCGGCACCACCAGUGGUUUGUGACAGUUCCUGGCGCCGUCUCUUCAUUUGGGGCUUUGAAAUCCUACAUAGAUAGGCCCCUGCGAACAAGGAAUGAGAUGGUGGGUUCAGGGUGGGGUUUGGGGGUGCUCAGGCGGGGGGGGUAUUGCGAAGCAGGGCGAAGUUGCUGAGGACACAGCUGGAGCUCGACCCAUCGACACCACAUUCCCACCAGGUCAGACUGUCGGGGCAGUGGGACCUCGAAACAGCUGCGGCCAAAGAUUCUAGUGUCACAUGUCUCUCUGUCCCACUCACUCUCACCGCCCCCAAGCAACCAAGACAUGAAACUUUCUAACAGUC